GCCCUCCAGGAGGCCCGAGGGGGCCCCGUCUACCUAUCGCUAUCCCUCGGCGGCAUAGCCUCUUCAAUGCCCAGCAGGGCGCGGGCUGCUGUUCUAUCCAAAGAGGCCAAGGACCAGGAAUACCCCGUGCCACCACUCCCUGGGGCUGGCUCAGCCGCCUGACCCGUGCGCCCUUGGGCACCGACGCCGGUGCACUCAGCGCGUCCCUGCGCUCACCAGCCGGACGCCGGCAUUCGGCAGGCAGCCCUAAUCAGGAUGGCCCCGGGCCAGGCGGUAGCGGGCCUCCUUUUGCUGGCUGCUGCCGGCUUCGGAGAAGCUGCGGCCGGGCUGGAGCUAGCCUUCAGCGAGGAUGUGCUGAGCGUGUUCGGCGCAAAUCGGAGCCUGUCCGCAGCGCAGCUCGGGCGCUUGCUGGAGUUGUUGGGAGCCGCCCCCAGAGAAGGCGCCCCGGAGCCCGGGCAGCUGCACUUCAACCAGUGUUUAUCUGCUGAAGAGAUUUUUUUCCUUCAUGGCUUUUCAAAUGCUACCCAGAUAACCAACUCUAACUUCUCCAUCAUCUGUCCAGCAGUCUUACAGCAAUUGAGCUUUCAUCCUUGCGAGGCUAGGCCCAAGCACAAAACAAAGCCAAGUCUUUCGGAAGUUUGGGGAUAUGGAUUCCUGUCAGUGACAAUUAUUAAUCUCGCAUCUCUUCUUGGACUGGUUUUGACUCCCUUGAUAAAGAAAUCUUAUUUCCCUAAGAUUUUGACCUAUUUUGUGGGGCUGGCUAUUGGAACUCUGUUUUCAAAUGCUAUUUUCCAACUUAUUCCGGAGGCAUUUGGAUUCAAUCCCAAAACUGACAACUAUGUUGAGAAAGCAGCUGCUGUGUUUGGUGGAUUUUACUUACUUUUCUUUGUUGAAAGGAUGCUUAAGAUGUUAUUGAAGACAUAUGGUCAAAAUGAUCAUACCCACUUUGCAAAUGAUGACUUUGGUCCUUCUCGAGAAAAAACAUGUCAACCCAAAACGUUACCUGCUAUCAAUGGUGUGACAUGCUAUGCAAAUCCUGCUGUCACAGAACCUAAUGGGCACAUACAUUUUGACAAUGUCAAUGUAGUAUCUCUACAGGAUGACAAAAGAGAAUCAAGUUCAUGUUCCUGUUUGAAGGGGCCCAAAUUGUCAGAAAUAGGGACAAUUGCCUGGAUGAUAACGCUCUGUGAUGCCCUCCACAAUUUCAUUGAUGGCCUGGCGAUUGGGGCUUCCUUCACCUUGUCUCUCCUUCAGGGACUUAGCACCUCAAUAGCAAUCCUGUGUGAAGAGUUUCCUCAUGAGCUAGGGGACUUUGUGAUUCUACUCAAUGCAGGGAUGAGCACUCGACAAGCUUUGCUAUUCAACUUUCUUUCUGCAUGUUCCUGCUAUGUUGGGCUAGCUUUUGGCAUUUUGGUGGGCAACAAUUUUGCCCCAAAUAUCAUCUUUGCACUAGCUGGAGGCAUGUUCCUCUAUAUUUCUCUGGCAGAUAUGUUUCCUGAGAUGAAUGAUAUGCUGAGAGAAAAGGUAACUGGAAGAAAAACGGAUUUCACCUUCUUCAUGAUUCAGAAUGCUGGAAUGUUAACUGGAUUUAUAGCCAUUCUGCUUAUUACCUUGUUUGCAGGAGACAUUGAAUUGGAGUAAAAGGAAAUGAAAGAUGGUGCUGUUGAUGAAGGCAUUUAAUAAAUAAAA